CACUGCUUGUCGGAUAGGAUAUAUUUGGUAACAUAGGAUUCACUGGGGCGCGAACACUCAGAGGAACCAAGGGGAAUUAGCGACAAGAUCCACCCAAUCAGGGAAUAGAAACGUGUUCAUCUGCUAUCAUACGGAGGUGGAAGGGUGUUUUGUUUUCAGCUAGAGGAAUUUACAUGUUUUCAUCAAUACGGACCAGCCAUCCAGCGGUGUCAUUAGGUUAAAUCAGUGUUUGGCAAUAUUCUUGCGGAUAUUAUUACCAAUAUUCCCCAGACGAAGAUGUAAUGGAUUCUUUAAUUAAACAGUUGGAAACUACCCUUGCUGAUGGAAGAUAUUUGAUUUAUUAAGCCCCAGUGAGUUCGAUGGCUGAAGAUGCAAAUCGACCGCUCCUUGCUGGUGGUGCUGAUUGCCUGUCUCCUACUACUAGGUGGAGCCAGAAGUAAGGGUCGACAUAGACGGAAAAAGCUGGAGAAGCCUCACAGGAUUCCUGAUGAGCAGAAACUGCUGAGAAAACUUCUUGACAAAUACGACCCUUACGCUCGUCCUGUUUACAACGCUUCAAAAACAGUUGUGGUUAAAUUUGGUUUGACACUUAUUCAAAUCGCCGAUAUGGAUGAAGUCAACCAGGUGCUUACAAUCAACGUGUGGCUAGAACAGGAAUGGCAAGAUGAACGACUCGUAUGGGACCCCAAGGAUUUCAACGGGUUGGAGAUUCUAAGGAUACCUUGUGAAAAAAUAUGGCUUCCAGAUAUUGUACUAUAUAACAGUGCUGACGAUUUUACAACCGGUUAUAUGAAGAGUAAAGCUAUGGUUACGAAUCAAGGCAAUGUUUUCUGGCCACCGCCCGCCAAGUUCAGGAGUUCCUGUAAAAUAGACAUCACAUAUUUUCCAUUUGAUGAUCAGAUUUGUGAGCUAAAGUUCGGUUCCUGGACGUAUGACGGUUUUCAAGUGGACUUGACGAACCGAUCGGACGUGGUGGAUCUUCAAAACUACAUAUUCAGUGGCGAGUGGCAGUUGUUGGCUGUGAGAAUAAAAAGAACAGAAGUGUUUUAUGCAUGCUGCAAGGAGCCUUACCCUGACGUGCGGUUUACUGUCAUCAUAAGGAGAAAGACACUGUAUUAUCUGUUUAACAUUAUCUUCCCGUGUCUGUGGUUGACAAUUCUCAGUUUAUUGGGGUUUUGGCUCCCGCCAGACUCAGGAGAAAAAAUCACACUUGGGAUCACGGUACUGCUUGCGUUCUCGGUGUUUAUGUUGCUUAUAGCUGAAAAUAUGCCUGCGACUUCGGAGUUUGUACCAUUAAUAGGCAUCUACCUGACAGUAACCAUGGCGAUGACGUCACUGUCCAUCAUACUGACCGUGUUUGUUCUACAACUGCAUCACGUUGGCCCCCAUCAGAAGCCCGUUCCAAGAUGGCUGCGCUCUCUGGUAUUUGACAUCUUUGCCAGACUUGUGUGUAUGUGUCACUCGACCGAUUCAAUGAGAAACAGACGACAGGUGACAAAGACAGAUGAUGUGUGUUUGUCCACAUUCAUGGAGACCAUUGACGGUAGCAAUUGCAAUGGGUCUGUUCCAUAUAAUGGGAUGCCUCUCGCUCAUGAACGCAUGUUGGAUCGGGGGGACCACACGAACGACAGGAUAACCAGUCAUCUGAAAGGCUUGGUACGUCGUCAGGACAGCGAGGAACGUCAUCAGGACGUGGUGAAUGAGUGGCGGUUUGUUGCCCACGUCAUUGAUAGGCUUCUCUUCUGGAUUUUUCUUAUAGCUGCGGUUGUGUCCUCUCUUACGAUUUUGGUGAUCCAACCCUUCCUUAAGCCGGAGCACAGUCUGUAAUUCAUCUGUCGAGCGGAGAGAUAUGUACCGAUUAGAAGUGUUGGAUAUAAUCUCAUGUGGAAUAUCUUCAGCCAGCCUGGAACGUCCUGGUAACGUUCCUGCAUGUAUAUGACCUGUAUAGUUUGUGUUACAUAUUUUGUCGUAUCAGUGGGAGGCAAUUGAACGCUUUGGCCUUGAAAUUUGUGUUAAUAGAUAUUUCACAAAGAAAGUAAGCAGACCGUUAUGCACCAAUAUCGGAUGGAUCAAAGCUACCUGGUUUCAGAGCACCAUCAAUCCGGUAAUUAGAAUUUAAAUAGUAUGAUAUAUAGACCAGCAAUAACAUGACGACCAUGUACAUAACUAUGAUCUAUUAUUGAUUUUAUAACAAAAAUAAGAUAUAAAACAGAAACGUGCAUUUAAGUUCACACCUAAACAGUCUCAGUGAGAAGUGAUUUGUACUUGACCCGAGAACGGAUCGAGGGAGUUUUUUCAUUUACGAUUGGCUGUAAAAUCGUGGAAUUGUUAAGGGUGAGUUGUUACGAUAUCGUGGAAUGCAUCGUGAGGAAGGAAAUCAGCGUUACGAAUGAGAAUGAUGCGGUUACGUCUCCCUGUGAUUUUCUGUGUCCGCCAUGGAUGAUUUUAAAAGGAGCCAUGAUGUGCUUGAUGGGUAGAUUGAAGAGUUUGGGUAAAUGAAGACCUUCCCAGUGAAGUAAUCAUGCAAUGAUGGCCCUACUUCAGUGGGAAGCCGACAUUAUAAAGCUCCACGAGGAGGGGCGUCGUUACGUGUUAAACUGAUGUGUGUCUCGGCGAUGAUUCUUCCAUCUUACCUACCUACACAGUCUUGGAUGAUUUGGUCAACCCUUCCAACGAACUUACAUCAGUAUCUUUAUGUGUAUGGAUUUCAUAUAUUUUUACAUUCUCUCUGACUUUCUCUGAAGUGUACAAGGUGACAAGGAAGCAACUGAAAGCGUGUCGGGGAAGGGCUUGGAAAUGGCACCUGGCCACAUAAUACCAAGUAUCGAUUUUACCUUUCUUUCUUAUUUGUGACAAUGACAGGUGCGGUUCAUGGUGAUUUUUAUUAAUACAAAAACGUGAGCAGGAUUACCAUUCCUGAACACAAUGCAAACACAAGGUUAUCAUUAAGAUAACAAUGUAAUACACAACAUGACCGCCAGUAUAUGUAAGCAUUUUAACACCCAAUUUGCUUGUAUAGAGUUUGAAAUUGUUUCGUGUCACGAUUUAAAACCUGAAAUGACACGUCAGGAGGUAUUUAGUAUGUGCGACCAACCCUGUUCUUCUGGCUAUAGAUUACAAAUUCAUCUUGCCAGGAUAGAAGUAUUGUCAACUGCAUUCGUGGCUAUAGUUCCCAAACAUGCUUAACUGAUUAUGCAAACAAUCAACACGUUCCAACAGAGCUGAACAGACUGCUUGAAUUCUCAGAAAGAAGAAACAAUAGUUUAUAUUUUUCUUAUGCUGUUGGUAGUGACUAUGUAGGACGUAGGAAUAGCCGUAGUAUUAUAGUAAAGGAUUGUGAUGUGUUUGUUAGAUAGAAACAUAUACAAAUUUUCUUUUUCUCCUGUGCAUGAUUUGAUUGCACUUUAUAAAUACUGCACAUCGUUAUCUGCUCACGUCAACACCUAACUUGCUGUUGAAUGAGUGUAUAUUUAUUUUGUACCAUGUGGUUAUUUAUUGCAACAGAUAUCCAUUCAUUAUACGGAGAACUCUCACCAUAUGUGUGUCAUAUAUGCAUUAACUAACCAUCAGCGUAUAUUUUUCACGUAGAUAACCCAAAACACUUGAAUAUAUUUUAUAGCUGAAGGAAGGACAAUUUCAAAAGAUUUGUAGCUUGAGAGCAUCUCAGAACAUAUUAGAAAUUCUGGGAUUGAAUCAUCAAUGGCGGAUAUAUCUAUUGGUGCAUGGAUAUAUUUAAUGCGUAAAUGUUGUUCCGUAUUUAUAUGUCAGAGUUCGCCCUAAUGACUGUUUUCAUGUUAUGCAUAAAGAUCGUUAGAGCGAUUAAUACAUAUUGAGUUCUUCGUUGAAUGCAUAUUGAGUUCUCGUAAUGCCUUUAUGGUAGGUGUGUAUGCUAUGUGCUACCACAACUGAACCGAGCACACGACAUGAUGUUGUGGCUUAUGGUGUGUAUAUUCCCAAGUCAUCUGAUUCAAAGAAUAGUUGUAUUACUGGAGAGAUCAUCUCCCAGCAUUAAUAAGUAGAAAGGAAUCAAGGAGUAACAAGGAUUUAGACCACAGAAUAUUACAAUGUUACAAACCACAGAAACAUAUGUCAUAUAUGUAUAUGUGCUACUAUCCCAAUGUCAGCUUUUUAUCUAUACGUCUUCGAGAAGUGAAUUGUAACAAAUCAGAAUAUUAAUGUCUCCUUUCUUACACCAAGAACAAAUACUAUUUCUUGAUCUAAUUCGUACUCAAACGCUCCCACCUAUUUUGUUCUACAGUGGUACAAUACACCAUUGCCCAUCAUACAGCAACAUCCACCAGUCGGACCAGUACCUUCAUUCACAAGGGCCGUGGUCCAGUGAUCUAUGCAUUUAAUAUAACUACGUUCCUUAAAAAAUAUUCAUUUUUAAUAUUAAGAUAAAUGUAUACAUUGUAUUGUCUUGCACUCGUUACUUGUGCUGAUAUGUUUGAUGUCACUCUGUCUAUGUAAUCCUUAAACGUUCAAUUUUAGUGGUUUGUGUUGCAAUAAAUAACGCUACCGUCGGUAGACCAGAAAGAAAUUUAAUAGCAUGAAAUCAUUAACCAUUGUCCAGAAAACAGUUUCGGAAAUGAGCCUAACUCCUGUUCUAUUGGUUCAUUGCUGGGAACAUGCAGAGUUUGCUCAAAUGUACCUCAGUAACUCAAGGAGCGGCAAUCAGAUGUACUUUGAAUGGAAUUUUAGUUACGCGACUGAUAUACUUACUGGCAGUCCCAUCAUUUCGUGAACACGUUUUUGAAUCAAUGUAUUCGAUACUGUCCUGUGUUUUCUUUGAUCAAAAGAGGUCCAGAGUUCUUUCAUUCUUCUUUUGCAUGCACUAUUUGUUCCAUAAUAGUUUUAGUGAUGUAUCCGUAUCAAUCUUUUCCUUGGCUUAUGUGACUAAUACUAUUGCAUUAAAUGCAGAGAAUAGGGUAUAAACUACACUCUUUAAAGGAUAUGAAAAUAAGUGUUUAGUCAGUUAUUCAUCAUAUUAUGAGCCGAAAUGAAAGCAUUGAUUUCAUUCGCAGUUUUAGGUAUUUGGUUUCUGGCAGUUCGAUCAUAGAAGGCACUUGUCAUUAAAUGUCUGCAGCAUUGAAAUGAGCUGUCGACAAUGAUGUGUGAGUCGAAUUGCUGAAUUGAUGAUGUUUUUAUAUUAACAGAAUCCAACUGUGAUUCAAAUGUCACAGUCUGUUUGUCAAUAGUGUUCCUGUUGACCGAAACAGAAAGAUUGAACCAGAUAAGGAAAAGUUGAAAGUUGGUGGCAUUGUUUUUGCAAAAAUAUUGUUUCAAACUUUGGAACAGUGUUCCAACAAAGAAUUGGUGAAGCGGCUACUUCAGAUGAAUGAGGUCUGGCGCCCUGUCCUCCACGUGGCUGUCAUUACCAGGACGUGAAAGAGGAAUUCAGCGUAUAUAACUUAGUUGCAGGUUCAAUCAAUGCAUAUUGACGACCGCAUUAUUUUCCAAAUUUGACGUUGGUGUGAUAGAGCCAGACGAUUUACGUGAUUAUGAUGUAUAAAUUUUAUAAUACGUACGUAAUGUAAUUCAGCCAGCUGGGUAGGCCUCUUGCGGGCAGUGCAUAAGAAGAGGAGUAUGAUGCGGCAUUUGAUAGCUCUAAACGUAUCGAGGACGGCAACCCUUUUAUCCCGACUACCAAAAUGCCUCCAAUAAACGUGUUAGCAUUUCUUUCCUUCAUCUAUACACUAUGUGCUCGCUUUGGGCAUAUUUCUCAUAUUUCAUUUCUGAUUUAAGUCCUAAGUUGUAUGUGUCUCAAUUAAUGACCAUGGCGCCCUGACAAAACUGCUAACAUUAUUAUGAAUAUUAUUAUCAAAUAUAUCUCACAAUAGGUGUAUGUGUUUAAACGUCUCGAAAUCUGUCUCUGCUUUGGUGCAUGCAAUGACAUUGCUCAUGUUUUUAUUUUCACUGUGUGACAUGAAGUACGCACUAGAAUAGAACAACCCUAAGUUGGUAAAAAGUAGCACCCUAUCUUUCUUGUAGACCCGAGUUUCUUGAAUGGCGUUUGCCACAUAGUCUGUACAGAUGUAAUUUGAGAGAAAACCAACAAAAACAUACUGUAUGAUUUGUGUAAAUAAAUUACAGAUAUUUCGUAAA